UCUGGCGCUUACUGCACGAUAGCCCAAUAGAUGUUGUUUUCCUUUCCCUCUUUGAUUUUUUUUUGGAGAAACAGUUCUGUCUCCCUCGGCACUGUGCGUAAGUGGGUGUGUCGAUGAGUAGCUUAGUGCGCACUCCGAAAAAGAGGAAAAAGUUCAUUAUGAGUUUAGUUUGAAACCUGCCCUGAGGACCAGAAUGGCUAUCUGGACUCGAGCGGACAAAAAUGGUCAACUGGAUCUUUUGCUACGGGACCGCUGGAUUCGAGUAGCGGCUGAGCUCACCCGUGAAACUUUAACUUUGACGGCAGAAGCCGAUUUAAGUGGUCCGGGUGGUAACUUGGAUUACAAUAAUUCGUCAUCUGGCCUAAGAAAUGGUUUGUCGAACGGUGGCGAACCUGGAUUAACAUCAGGAAAUCCGAACCGAAACCAGAACUCGGACAUCCACCCCAACCACGGUGCUUUAAGGCGAAGUGAUAGCCCAGCGCGGGGGGCACUCACCCGAGGUCAUUACGACAACAGCGGCAGCCACGGCUACAACAGUCCUGGUUCUGGCAAGUUCAGUCGAGAUAACGGAGCCAACUCAGACUUUGGAAGUCCUGGGUCUAGUUAUGGUAGCCCUGGGUCUAGUUUUAGCUCACGGCAUGGCGAGACACCAAAUAGCUUCGAAGCUGGUGGGUCGGAAGCAAUACGGAAAGUAAGAGUUGUCAAACAGGAGUCGGGUGGUUUAGGCAUCAGUAUCAAAGGUGGUCGAGAAAACAGAAUGCCCAUCCUCAUAUCCAAGAUCUUCCCCGGGCUUGCCGCGGACCAGAGCCGAGCUCUACGUGUCGGCGAUGCCAUUUUGUCCGUCAAUGGCAAUGACUUACGUGAAGCCACACACGACGUGGCGGUGCAGGCGCUUAAAAAGGCCGGGAAGGAGGUUAUGCUCGAGGUGAAGUACAUCAGAGAGGUAUCUCCCUUGUUCAAGAAGCCCUCUAUGGUGGCAGACCUGCCUUGGGAAGGGACGCGCUCCAAUUCCCCCAGCCUCAGUGGCGAUGAGCUGCCCAAACACAGCCCUGGCACAAAGGACAGGAAGAUCAUCCCACUGAAGAUGAGCUUCAUCAGCCGCAACCUCACCAUGCCCGACCUGGAAAACAGGCUGCUGGAGCUGCAUUCCCCGGACGGCCAGCACACGGUGGUGCUCCGCUGCAAGGAUGCCACCUCGGCGCAGGCCUGGUUCACCGCCAUCCACACCAAUAUCGCUGCCCUGCUGCCCCAGACACUGGCCCACGUCAACGCCUACCUGAGUGUGCCAACCACCGCCGCACACCCCCAACUCAAGCACAUCGGCUGGCUAGCCGAGCAGAUCCAGUUGGAAGGUGGGCGGAUACAGUACCGCCCGGUCGUCAUGGCGCUGACCGAGAAAGACAUCCUGUUGUUCGACUCGGUGCCCUGGAGUCGUGAUGCCUGGACUAACCCGCUGCUUACACAUCCUAUCCUCGCCACAAGGCUGGUUCAUUCGGGCAGUUCCCACGGGUCGCCGGCAGUGGGGGCAGACCUGGUGUUUGCCACACGGACGGGCACGAACCGUGGCAUCGAGUCGCACGUCUUCCGUGUGGAGACCCACUGGGACCUGUCAUCAUGGACACGGGCCUUGGUGCAGGGUGGGCACGCCGCCGCAGAACUGAUCAAAGAGGUGUCUAUAGGUUGUGUGUUGAACAGGCAGGAGGUGCGUUUGACCCUGCACUAUGAGAAGGGCUUUACGGUGAGCCGGGAGCCAGCAGAGGCGGCUGGGUUCACGGUCCUCUUCCGCUACCCCUACGAGAAGCUCAAAAUGUCCGCUGAUGAUGGGGUCCGCAAACUCUACCUGGACUUUGGUGGUCCCGAGGGGGAACUGGUGUUUGACCUGAGAUCGGGGCCAAAGCCUGUAGUGUUUGUACUCCAUUCCUUCCUGUCAGCUAAACUCACUCGCAUGGGCCUGCUGACGUGAAUGGGGACAACAGGAGCUCAGCGCCUCAGUUCCUUUUUACAUAUAUACAUAUACGUCUUGAUAUCGACACCAUCUAUCAUCGCCUUCCUUUUUUUUUUUUUUUUUCGAUUUUUUUAAGCAAACUUUGCUUUGUUGUCAUGCUUUGUUGACACGUGUGUGUGUGUGUGUGUGUGUGUGUGUGUGUGUGUGUGUGUGUGCAUGUGUGCGUCUGUAUGUGUCUGUGUGCGCAUGUGCGUGGUCAGUGGCAAUGUGGACUUGUGAGCACCGUCGGUAGAAGGCUGUGUACACCAGAAUAUGUGUGUUAGUGAGCUUGUAUUUCCAUUUUUAGCAUAUUGAAAUGUGACUUAUCAGGAUUACCAAAUGUGCCUUGUUGUAGAGCUAGUGGAAAAACUCUCUUCUAAACUUUUUCCAUUUCCUAGAGGCUAAAGCAAAACAAGCUUUGAAAAAAGCACACUUUCUCACACACAAACACACACACAUAAUAUUACUUUCAUAUAUUUGUGUUUGUUUGUUUUUGGUCCUUACCUAUGUUUCAUUUCCUGUAUUUUGUAUUUAUGUUUUCUUUCUCUUCAUGUUAGGGCACAGUGAGUAAGGUAUUGUUGUUGUGCCGAGGAGUUUAGGAGUGCUUGAGCUGCCUUGUUUAGAAGUGUUGAGGAGUUUAGGAGUGUUGACGAGUGCUUGAGCUGCCUUGUUUGACUUUACAGUAAAAACUCUCACUGGCGUAGCCUCUAUGUGCCUGUGCUGUGCUCGGUUCGCCCGUUUUGCAGUGUGUGGUUUCACGUUGGUGAAAUUGUAAGGGGUAACUGACUGAGUAGUUAAUCAGUCUAACGCAGCAGUUGUUAUGUGGGUAGAACAACACCUAGAGCCUUUUCUCCAAGCCAAAAGAAAGUCAUUCACUUUCACAGUCCUUCAUAUCACUGCCAUCUCCACAAUCCCUGUUUGCCUUGUAUCAUUGGAUUUCAACUGAUCCCACACUAAUGACUGUGCUGCCACCCAGCCUAGGGGGAAUUGCAUAAGGGAUACUGACUAUGUAAUUGUGUGCGUGUGUCUGUGUGUGUGCGUGCGUGCGUGUGUCCGCAUGGGUGUGUGUCUGCAUGGAUGUGUGUACCUGUGUACCUGUGUGUGUGUGUGUGAAUGGUGGAAGUGGCAAAGGGCUCGAAAGCUUCUCGCCUCCCAACCCCCCUACAGCCCCCACACACACACACACACACACACACACACACACUCUGGGGAACGAUCCCUUCAUCUCCAUUCAAAUGCACAUGAGUUUGCAAAUUACUGUUUUCCACCACUUGUCAAGGUUAAUAGCUGUCAGUGAGAAGAGCCUGAGGCACUUUGGAUCCAAAGGACGCCACAUCGCCCCCUGUGGCCGCUCUUAAGUGCAAACAUAAUCUUGUGCCAAGUUUCAUCCAGGCAUUUGUGUGAAAACAGAGGGCGAGGAGUGUCAUCUAUUCUGUAUUUCAGGUUUAUAAAUGAAGUCCAAUCCAGCAAUUGCAGAACAAAACAACAACAAAAAAAAACGCCUUAAGAAAUGACAUUCCUAGAACAUGCACUUGCCAUCCGUGAUCGGGUGACCAAAAAAAAUGCACCGCAAAGCACAUUCCUUACCUUUUCUGUCCGGGGCAGCACAAACGUGUACAGAUGGAGUAAUGUGUUGCGUCGAAGAGAAGCCAAUACUGAUUUCUUCCUACUGCAAUGGGGGCGCUAACUAUGCCUUUCUGACUAAACCCAUAGCUCUGUAAAGAUCCUCCACAUAGCUGCACGAAUGCACAUCCCCUGUCCCAUAGUGGGAUUGAUCACAGCACAAGCACGACUCCAGUCAUUCCAGUGGCCUUUAAUAUUCAAAAGUUUAAUAAAUCCCC